GCAGGUGACUGCUGGCUGAUAUGGCGUCACUGGACAGGGUAAAAGUGCUGGUGCUGGGGGAUUCAGGAGUCGGGAAAUCCUCCCUCGUUCACCUGCUGUGCCAGAACCAAGUCCUGGGGAAUCCGUCCUGGACGGUCGGCUGCUCCGUGGACGUCCGGCUGCAUGAAUACAGGGAAGGGACCCCGGAGGAAAAGACCUACUACACAGAGCUGUGGGACGUGGGGGGCUCGGUGGGCAGCGCCAGCAGCGUGAAGAGCACGAGGGCCGUGUUUUACAACUCUGUCAACGGGAUCGUCCUCGUCCACGAUCUGACCAACAAGAAGUCCUCCCAGAAUCUGUACCGCUGGUCGCUGGAGGCGCUAAACAGAGACGCGCAGCCAAGCGGGGUCCUGGUGACCAACGGGGACUACGACCGCGAGCAGUUUGCAGAUAACCAAAUCCCGCUUCUGGUCAUCGGGACCAAAUUGGACCAAAUCCCAGAAACCAAACGCAACGAGGUCCUGACCCGCACCGCGUUCCUGGCCGAGGAUUUCAACGCCGAGGAGAUCAAUCUGGACUGCACCAACACGCGCUACCUGGCUGCCGGCUCGUCCAAUGCGGUCAAACUCAGCAGGUUUUUCGACAAGGUGAUUGAGAAGAGAUACUUCUCGCGAGAUUCAAAUCCGCUCUCGGGAUUCUCUGAGCGGAAGCGUUUUGGAGGAGGAUCGUUUAAAAGUUUUCACGCUGACUGAGGCAGAGUCUCUGCGCCGCCGGACGCAACCGCUGGCUCAUCUGGACGUUGCCGG